AUGGGGAUCCCCCGCAACAGCCUCAAAAUCGCGCAGAGCGCGUUGAAGGUGAAACCAACAAGGAGAAGCUGCAACCCUGCCCUUGUCAAACACACAGCACGAGCAGCAGUAUACAAAAAGCACAAAGGGAUGUUCAAAGCAGCGGAGAAGGAAAUAAAAAGAGAAGGAAAAUAUUUAGAGGAAGAGUCCUACCGUACCAUGGAACCUCGUCACUUUUUGCAAGUAUUUCUCGUGCUUGUAAAGCAUACUUUCCGAGACGUAUCCCUAGUGCACCGGUGGUGUGUCGAACUAAGUGGCAGGAAUAUCCUGAGCCUACUUAAGUACACAUGCCUCUAUGGGUACCUCCACGCGGACGUUCUCAUCCCCUUGGUGAAGAAAGCAAAAAAUAUUUUUUUCGAAAUGCUCUUGGAUAUAACGUUACAUGAGUGCGUAGAAAUUCUUUCCUUCUUGGAUAGUAUAAAGGAGUUGGAGGAUAAGACUGCGGAGCUGAGGGAGAGGAUCCAUUUCUACGAACAUCAGUUUGGAGGAACCCUCAUGGUGACUCAGUACGAUGUGAAGUGUCUCGUGACAUUGGCACAGCUCUCCUUUGAUAGGCUUCACGUUGUUCCAUUUUUAUCAGUUUUUCUAAACAACGUGCACAAAUUUUCUGGUGAGGAUGCCGCCCGGUUGGUUCGCCUGUUGCUGGCGAGUUGGGCCGCACACACGGGGGAAGUAGCCUGCACAGAGGGGGGGAAGCACCUAAGGGAAGAAGUCUGCACAGAGGGGGGGAAUCACCUAGGGGAAGCCCCCCCUCCCCUCUACACCUCUACCUGCGUGAGGGGACUCCUCUCCGCGCUGCUUCCCUCCUGCCCAGAAAUAAUCUCCCAGCUAACCUACACAGAAAUGCUCAUCCUCUGUGGAGCUCUAGACAACAAUACACUGCCAAACAAAAAUAUCAUUAAGAGAGUAGCUACGAGAACCUGUGACGAUUUGAAGAAGGUGGACCUCCCAAGUAAGCACCUCCCUCCUGCCUAUGUCGACUAUCUGUUCCUAAUUACUUUCACAUUGCACAAGUAUGAAGGUUAUGUGAAUAGCAAUAUGGUGAGUUUCUUAAUAAAGACUGUAAUGGAGACGAAGGAAGAGAAGCUCGAGAAGCAAAUAAAGGAGGAACUACUCAAACUGUUUCUACAACUGUGGGUAGCCUACCCAAUUAGAUCGGGAAGGAAAUAUCUCGACCUGCUAAUCGUUCUGAAUGCAUUUAGUCAAGACUCACAUGUGCGGAGCUACCUGUUCAGCAUGCAUGUCGUGAAUCGGAUUAGUCGAUACAUAGCAUUCUUUACCGAGAAGGGUAACCUUACGGUGCAUCUGUGCGAAGACCCAGUGACGAAAGAACCCAUUUGU